UGGAGCAAACAGAGAAGGACCCACAGAAGUCUGACUCCCACACCUAACUCCACCAUGAGUGCCAGGAUCUUGGUGCUGCUCUUGGCGGCGAACGUUUGCACGUCGAAUGCUCAAAACAGCAGCAGCCAUGACGGCAAGCAGCAGCAGCGCAACACCUGGGACAUGAUCAGGUUCAGCACCAAGGCCAAAGAGUCGUGCACUAUGGCCGUAUUUCCAGCGGGAAACCAUACUCGCCUGCGCGUCUCCUGCAGGAGUCCAGGCCAAACCGCAGGACAGUCUUACUACUGCGACUUCCAGGGCCGGCCAAGCCUGUGUCGCGCCUACAACGCCAACCCUCGCCACUACUUCACCCAGAUGAUGUGGGAGCUGAGGAAGCUCAAGAACGCCUGUCAAGGAGCUAAAAUCUACCGCCCGCCUAUGUGCAAGAAAUACCCAGACGAGGCCCAAAUGAACUUCCUCACCUCUUGGCCCAAGGCCUCCAAGGAGCAACGCAAACCGUCGGUGCAAGCCCAGCCCAAGCUCGUUGCUACGGCCAAACCCGCGAAGCCCCAGCCUCCGCCCGUCAAGCCACAGCCAGGCAAAGGUUCGCAGGGCAGGAAACCAACCUCCAGGCCUGGGAAGACCACACGUCCCACAGAGCAGCCCGAGUCCGGCGCCUCCCGCCUCGCCACCGAGUACUGCUGGGAGAGCUUUCACGGUGUCUGCAGCUACCUAAUCAGCUGGUUCCAGGAGUGAGAAGUUAGGUUGGAACCAGAAGGACUCGCACAGUCGUCUCUGGACUCUUUGAAACAAAAACAUUUGGAAGAUCUCGUCCACUAAAAGAACUGUCUCCCUAUAGCGUGGGGUGCAUGUGGUGUCAUUAAAAAAACAAGGGUGGGCGUGAGUGAACAGCUACUGUGCAUGUGUUUGUAUAAGAUUUAACAGUUAUUUCACAUGCCGUGUAAAUGUUUCAGCAGCCUGUAUCCAGAAAGAAUAAAAU